UACAAUCACAAAACAAAUGUACACGAGUACACAACAACUCUAAACAGAAACACUAAAAAUAUAACACAAAAAAACCAUUAUAAAAAAUACAAAAUAUCGUAUGCACAAACGAAAAAAGAAGUAAAGAAAAUACAUACACGAUGGAAACAGAGUUAAAUGAAGAACCGCAGAUUGAUUUGGUCGAAGAAAACGAGAUAGCUUUGGCUGAGGAAGAUCUCUCAAGAUGUUCAGAAGAUAUGAUUAAGUCGGAUUCAGAGCCCGUAUUAAUAGUUUCUAUCUCAUCAAAUAAUAACAGUGAGGUAAGGUUAAAAGCCUUAAGAAAGGAGGAAAAAAAGGAGCAACUAAAGGAAAUCAUGAAUCGACUAAAGGAGCGCGACGCAGAGGAGUUGCGAAAGAAGCUGGCCGGCAAACAGGAGGAGGUCAAAGGGAAGGACGAAAUGGACAGCCAGUCACAAGAUAGUUUCCAAAGGGCCCGGUUCAGCUUACAAGUCGAGGAGUGGGAUGACACAUUGCCAGAGCCCAAUCGGGAUGAUGAUAUCGAUGAUACCAAAAGUACCACCAGGCACUCGGAUGAUGCACCUCCAGCAGCCACUUUGGACGCAGUUGAUGCCGAGGAGGAUGACUUGCUCGAUCCCAUCGAAAGCCGUUCGGAAUCCGAUUCAGAAGCACCAGUGACCCAGAGGUCCAAGAGCAUAGAUCCCAUGCAAGUGGCAGUUAAGUCUUUAAUGCUGGUGCCCAGUCUAUCGGAUAUAUCGCUGCCAAGUGAACAGCCUCUUCGAAGAAAGUCUACCCAGUCCGUGAAAUCAUCUCGAUCAUUAUAUGUUAGGCGUCUCACAACCGAUGACGACACAAGUUUCGAUUCCGAAGAGGCGGAAGAAGAGUCCACCAAAGCCCCCAGUGAAUUCCUUACUACUGCAAUUGAGCAAUCUAGCGAGUCGGAAUCGCUUGGCGGGUCACUGCCGCCCAUUCCAAAAACAGAACCAUUGGAAAAAGAAGCCCAACCUUACAUGGACAUCGAACAGUUGUUUCCGGUCGCAUCGGAAAAACUCGUUGAGAACGAAAUCGAUACGGCAGUCAAUCUGAGGAUUGCAGAAACACGCCAGAUUGUUAAUGAUUUUAUAAGCCACUUGAUACAGAAGGUAGUCGUGCCGGAGCACCGGGGUACUGAGGAAUAUAAUCGGGUGCGACUGGACAAGGAGAAGCUGCUGGAUGGGCUGAAAAGUGCGGUGCAUGAUUACAUGAUUGUGAAAGAUCAUAACAAACAGCUGGAGGAUCGGAUGAUAGAGUACUUCCGCCGCACCAAGAACUUUCGAUGCUUUGACCGCCUAUCCCAGGACGCCGAGUUGAGCUUCUCCCGUCGCCUUGAUAACGCCCUGGCCUAUCUGUCCUAUGGCCAAGAGCGCCUCGCCAGGGUGAAGGAGAAAUAUGGCAUUCUAAUGAGCACUGCGUUUUUGGAACUCUCCAACGCCAUGAACAUCGUUCUCAGCACGGAGCAUCAUCUCGAGCAGACGUUGAAACAGGUCCUGGUUCGCCCGGACGCCGAGACCGACUUCCUCAAGCGCCUGGUUGCCCGCGAACUCCGACUAAUGGCCGACCAUCGGAAUCAAAUCAGCGAUGCCAGGGUGUUGCUCAUGUCGCAGAAGCACACCUUGGGUCGUGUCUUAGAACAAAUAAGAGAUGUAGAUACUGUUUGCGCCGGUGUGAGCUUGAAUGACUUUAUUUCCGUGCAAAACAAGGUGUUGGGGCUCGAAAAGAAGAUUGAAGAGCGAAAUAUUGAACUGAAAAGACAGCGCAGACUAUACCACACCGAACUGCAUAUAACUAAGCAUAAUCGAGAGAAGUCCCAUGAGUUGAAGAACAAGAUUCACCAACUUAAAGUUAACCUGCUAGGAAAGCACCGGUUGAGGGAUAACUUAAAAUCCGUGUUGUGCCAUGCGAAAUUGGAACACAAAGCCAUUCGGAGGCGGUUACAUGAGUUGACAUGCCAGGGUGGUAUCCUGGCUAUGCCCGCACUGAUGUAUGACUACGAUCGGACUGUUGCCUAUGUUUCGGAAAAGGAGAAAGCGGUCUCGAGUCUGCGGGAAACCUUGAAAUCACUUACCAAUCAACUGCACAGUGUGCUGGCACCUUUCAAGAAAAACUCAGUCAUUCAAUAGGACUAUGCAAACUUUUAAGCUAAAUAAAUUUUUCCACAAAAAUAACGUAA